CUCCAGCACCACGCUAUAGCAGCGAACUAGGCAGGCCAACUUGCAGAGUGCAGCUCAGCCUCGACAGCGGCUGCUUCCAACUGGGGGUCUUCGGAGAGCAUCGCACUCCCAUGUGCGCUGCUGUGCCCGCUGGAUGUUGAAAUCGCGCCGUGCGCCUCGCCAGGAGCCACCAUGUCCAACCCAACCCACGACCCGUUCUACUCUUCUCCCUUCGGACCCUUUUACAGGAGACACUCGCCCUACAUGGUCCAGCCCGAGUAUCGGAUCUACGAGAUGAACAAGCGGCUGCAGGCGCGCACAGAGGAAAGCGACAGUUUGUGGUGGGAUGCCUUUGCGACAGAGUUUUUUGAAGAGGAUGCCACUCUCACGCUUUCCUUCUGCCUCGAAGAUGGACCAAAGAGAUACACAAUCGGCCGGACGUUGAUCCCCCGUUAUUUCAGCACAGUCUUUGAGGGAGGGGUCACUGAGCUCCACUACAUCCUUAAACACUCCAAGGAGUCGUUCCACAACUCCUGCAUCACCCUGGACUGUGAUCAGUGCACCAUGGUCACCCAGCACGGGAAGCCAAUGUUUACAAAGGUUUGUACAGAGGGUCGCUUGAUACUGGAGUUUGCCUUUGAUGAUCUGAUGAGGAUCAAGACGUGGCACUUUACCAUCCGGCAGUACCGAGAACUCAUCCCCCGCAGUAUCCUGGCCAUGCACGCACAAGACCCUCAGGUGCUGGAACAACUGUCCAAAAACAUCACUCGCAUGGGUUUGACCAACUUCACCCUCAACUACCUCAGGUUGUGUGUCAUCCUGGAGCCCAUGCAGGAGCUCAUGUCAAGGCACAAGACCUACAACCUCAGCCCCCGGGACUGUCUCAAGACAUGCCUAUUCCAAAAAUGGCAGAGAAUGGUAGCCCCACCAGCUGGACACCCACAGAACUUCAAAACGGAAAUAUUUCCCACAAAUCACAAAAAAGCUGGUCGCGCCAAAGCUGAGCCUGCCCGACAGACAACCACGAAGAGGAGGAAACGGAAGAACUCAGCCAGCAGCGCCAAUAGCAGUGUGGGCACCACUGCAAGCAAGAAACGCAGCCCCGCCACCAACUUCAGCCUCUCCAGUCAGGUACCUGACGUGAUGGUGGUGGGCGAGCCGACCCUGAUGGGCGGCGAGUUUGGGGACGAGGAUGAGCGUUUGAUCACCCGUCUGGAGAACACACAGUACGAUGCCACCAACGGCCUGGAUGACGAAGACGACUUUAAUAGCUCCCCAGCUCUGGGCAACAACGCCCCUUGGAGCAGCAAAGCCCCCGCCGCCCAGGAUAGCAAGCCCGAGAGCACGGCGCCACAACCCUCGCAGUAAAACAAAAGAAGAGGGAAAAAAAGCCCAACAGAUCCUUGACUUCAUGUGGACUGGACUUUUUAACCUCCCCCCUUCCCCUGAGGGCAGUACUUCUAUGCCUCAUAACAUUGUACUGAAUCAGAACCCCCCCGUCUGCAAACUCACCACCGGCAUGUCCAGCCAAAAUACUGUAUGUCCGUCCCGGAUAUUUUUUUCUUUUCUGAAUCACUGUAACAUCUAGGAGAACACUGAGAACUGGCAGCAUUGCACAGCAAUAUCCACAGACAAGAAAUGCAUACAGGUUGUAUGCAACUAUAAUGUAAAAAUAACAAGGCGUGGGAUUUCUUCUUUUUCUUUUUUUUUUCCUUUUUUCCAAGAAUGCAGUGGAAAAUUGUGGAUCAAAUUCUCCUCUUUGGACCCUCAGCUACAAACCUCUCAUCUAGUGGAAUAUCACAGAUGUGAUUGGUUGACCUCCAGGUCACAAGUCAUCCUGCUGAUGGUAGACAGUGGGGAGAAAAGAAGAAGAGUAAAAACAACGAACAAAAUGUCUUCAAAAAAAUAAGCAAGCUCAAGAAGGCAAAGUGUUUUUUAACGGCCACCAGAGCCAUUGGAAGCAUCUAACCACAUUGGAGACAAAUGAAAUAUUGUUUGAGGCAAUUGCAUUUUUAUUGGAAAUUCAGUCGGCUGUUGGUUUGUUUCUGCUGUUGCUGUUUAUUUCCAUUUCCAAUUAAGGGGAAAUAAAAGUUCUCUACCGCUAUGGACUCUUUUGAAACAAGGGAAACUCGUGUCCUACGAUUGUUUUUCCACAUUACCGCGGUCGUCACAGAUUGUGAUUUCAUGCAAACCAGUUUGAUUGUGUUUGUAGUCUAUUGGUAUUUCGCUUCUCUCAGAAUCCUUUUGCAAUCACAUUGUAAUUUUGCAGAUCAGUAUGUGAACUUUGCCGACACGCGUUGAUGCGUUAUUGUUGAUUUCUUUUCUUUUUUUCUUCCUGGAAAAUUGGACUUCUUUCCCUUUAACGACCUACUCCCAAACUGAUACUAAAGCCUUUUCCUGCAUGAUUUUAUAGGAAUUUUAUUUUUUUGUUUGAUCUAUGUGCUUUAUAAAACUCAUCCGUUGGAUUUUCCUUUUGGGUUCAUCAGUUUGGGAACACUGUUACAAGGUUUGUAGCUCUGUAAAUAGAGGUGGAAUCUAUUUUGUCCACUGUAAAUCAGCCACUGAAAGCAGUUUGGACAUGGCAGCUGUUUUGUUUUGUACAGGAGGUUCAGAUUUCUGUUGGGUGGUUUGGAUGGAUGCCUGUUUGCCUCUGUCAGAACCAAACUCUUAAUGUCCUCUCUAGCUAGUGGAGAACCAAAGCCACAAUGUUAAUAACAGCCACACAGUCACAUGAUCAUAUUCGUUGUGUACUCUGUGACAUAUUGUAGGAAACCCUCCCCCCGAAAAAUGGCAACCUUAACAUUUUAAAGACAAGAUCAAAUCCCAUCCACCCGACAGAAACACUUUGAGAUCCCUGUGUUUGUGUUCACACUUGUUCUUUAAUCAUUAAUUGAAUUGAUACUACAGUAUAUCCCUGAUCUCUUUUGUUGGAUUUUUGUUUGAAAAUGGGCAAGAAGACAAUGAUGGAUGUCUUUAUACAAUUGGAUCUUAUGGGUAUUUAUUUGUGCAUUUGUAAGGAAGCUAACACGUUUCUAAAUAUGUUUGCGCCUAGUAUUAUUAGACACCAUUUGUACAUUAUAUAGCAGAGGUGUUCAGUGUCAUAUCUGAUGUCUGGUAUGUAUGCUUUACCAUUAUGUGUGCCAAUAAACCGUGCUUACAAAGUA